GCGAGAUGUACCCUCCCCCAAAAUGAAUGGUGCACUCCUGUGAGACAUGUUUGUGUGUGUGUGUGUGUGUGUGUGUGUCUAUAUGUGAUGUCACAAGAGCAGAGAAGGACGUGGACUUUAAGCAGGUUUUAUUUUGUUGGUAAUCCCUCUGCGAUUGCCAGAGUGAGUAAAAUGUCCAGAGUGGGGCCGGAUCAGAUCUGCGGGAUUAACCCAAGCCCCUACCCUGCACCAAUCCUCUCCCAACUGUCUCUUUCUCUCGCCCUCUCUCUUUUUUUCUCUCUCCUCCCAUCCUGUCCUGUCCCGUGUGAUUGAGCCCGUUUUCCCGGCACUGCUGCCAUGGAGUCAAGGGUCCACACUUUCUGACUGCCUUCGGAGUGUGUGUAUGCCUGAGGGAAAGAGAAAAAGGUGUCCUCUUUCUCCUCCUCAUCGCGAGCACUGAGCAACAAUAUUUUCAGCGAGAUAAAUUAUUCACAGAACCACUGCCAGGAGGAAGCCACCUGAUAGUGUGACCUCAGGAAAGUGAAGUGGAGAGAGAGAGAGAGGCACAGAGAGACUGAGAGAGGGGGAGACCUGAAGAGAAGAUAGAAGAAAAAUUCCGUCUGGAUAUCAGGUGAAAAACGAUCCCUCCCUUUUUUUCAUUCGUUCUUUUUAUUCCCUUCCUUUUUCUCUACGCUCCACUUCCUCUUCAUCUUCCCUCCUGACGUAACUUGGUAACCGAAGACGUGAAAGCAAAAGAAGCCCAGGUGGCUGCCAAGCUCCUUUUCUGGCCUGCGCGACACAUCUCUGUUUUCAGAUGCUGGUCUCCAGUAAGCAGCUACCCAUCGGCCGCUCCCACAGCUGGGACACCCUGGGGGGUCCGGAGUGUCAGUGGGGGCCAGAGCGGGUGCCAGAGAGCAUGUACGAUCAGCAGCAGGGCCGCCUCUCCGUGCGACGCAACUCAGUCAGCUACGGCAGUGAGGCAGCGGGGGGCCAGGGCUGGUAUGAACCCCCGUCUGGAGUGCAUCCCCCUGACCUGGAUCUGAAACGAGACCCGUACUCCUACCAGGAGUCACUCUACAGUCAGGGCUUUGUGGAUCGGCAGGACCCACGAGCAAUGAGGAAGUGCUCUGUGCCGGAGUUGAACAGCCACUACAACCGGCCCCCUGUCGCCAACUGCGGGACUCUGCCUCCCCAGGAUUACUACCCGCAGGACCCGGCGCUGACGCCCCGCCAGCUGGAUGACCCCCGUGCGUUUUAUCGGGGUGGAGAGCAGACACAGCCUCACCCACUGAGCCGGUCCGCCUCGCACUAUGGGAUGAACGCGAGCAUGACUGGGGGUCCACCCUCUGCGGCCCCUCCCUCCGCCCAUGAGAUGGGACUUAGGUACCGUGAGCCAUCCGUGUCUAUUCCUCCUCCACCAAACACCCCUGGCCCGAAGAUGGUGCCCAGUCGCGAGCCAUCACCGGUCCGUUACGCUACAGAACCUUCGUCCCCAAGGUAUGGAUCAGAACCGCCUACACUUGCAGGACGAAAUGCCUACACUGAUGUUAACAGAGUUGUGGACCCCCGCCAACCUGCUGCCACUUGUCUGGUUGUGGACCCUGCCUCCCAAGGUAUCGAUGUAAAUGGUGGGUCCCGUGGGAUGGUGGUACGACAGGAGAGCCCUACGCCCUACAGCCCCAUGCAGCAACAAAUGCAGCUAACCCAGCAGUUGCAGCAGCAGAUGCAGGCAGUGCAACUGCAGCAGAUGCAGCAGGCUCAGCAACUGCAGCAGCAGAUGCAACCUGCAGCACAACUGCAGCAGCAGAUGCAGCCAUCCAUGCAACAGCUUCCGCAGCAGAUCCAGCCUCCCAUGCAGCAAGUCCCCCAGCAAGUGGCGCCACCAAUGCAGCAAGUUCAGCAGCCAAUGCAGCAGCUCCCUAUGCAGCAACAGCAACUGCAGCCAGUGCCACCAGUGCAACCGCAGAUGCAGAUGCAGAUGCAGCCAGUCCAGCCAGCACCUCAGCCAAUGCAGCCAGCGGUGCAGCAGAUGGCACAAGUGCAGCAAAUGUCACCAGUCCCCCAGCAGGUCCAACCAGCGCCCCCCCCUGUGAACUCCCUCUACGACCCCAGUGCUGCCUCCAUGGUCCCUCAGAGCUCGGUGCUACCUGCUCACCCCAUGUCUCUUCCUCCUCCACCAGCUCAGACUGUACCGCCGACCCCUGUGGCUCAAGCCCCUCCUGCAGACCCCAAAAGGAUGGCCGACCCAGAGUUCCUAGCUCUACUCCGCAACGAUGGCGUGUCGGAGAGCACCAUAACGUCUCUGCUCCAGCAGGGCUUCGACAGUGCGGGCAUGCUGGCUGUGAUGGAGGAGAACGACGUCCGCUCUGUGGCGCCCAACCUUGGGCAGGCCCGGGUGCUGUCCCGGGUGGCUCUGAGCUGCAAGCGGCCCGCCGAGGCCCCUCAGCCCACCCCCCAGCACAACCCCAACCACCUGGGGGCUAUGCCACCAUCACGGGGCCGCUCCAACAGCUUCAGCCACCGCAGCGACGUGUACCAGCCUCACCACAACAUGAGCCUGGGCAUCGGGGUGGGCAUGGAGUCCCAGAUGCUGACCGCUCCACCCACUCCUAUGCAGACCCUCUCUCCCAGGUUUGGGGAGGCGAUAGGCAGGAGGCCCAGCAGCGCCCCGUCCCAGCAUCUCUUAGAGACUACCGGAGGGUACCCACCAGGGCCAAGGACCCCAGGAGCUUACAGCGGAGCCAUGGUGCCGGUCCAGCCUCGCCCCAUGUCGGCCUACUCCUCACAGCCCUCCUUGCACAUGUCCCAACACAUGGCAGCUCUGCCGCACCAAAUGUCAGGCAUGUCACAUCAAAUGCAAGCGUUGCCCGGGCCGCCACAGAUCCAGCAGAUCCAGGCCAUGCCUCAGCACCUGCCCGCCGUGCCUCAGCAUCUGGCCAUGACCCCCCAACCACCCCAGCAGGCACCUAAGGCCUACUCCACCAACUACACCGUGCCCAUGGAGUUGAUGAAACGCGACCGCAGCCUGGUGCCACUCACACCCAUGCACAGCCCCCACCACAGCCCGCAGGCCAUGCGUAAGCCUGGACAGGUGGUGCCCUCGGACGGGACAAUGGUGUCCAUGGGCACGGCCAUGCAGGCCCAGAGCGCCAGCCUGGCAAAUCAGAAACUCAGCCGUCGCACCGGCCCACCGGUCAUCUGCUCCACUAUGGCAUCCCCCGAAACAAGUAACAGGCCUCAGAUCAUGAACGGGCCGAUGCACCCUCGGCCCCUGGUGGCACUGCUGGACGGACGGGACUGCACCGUGGAGAUGCCCAUCCUGAAAGACCUGGCAACGGUGGCAUUCUGCGAUGCCCAGUCCACACAGGAGAUUCACGAAAAGGUGCUGAAUGAAGCGAUAGGGGCGAUGAUGUACCACACUAUCACUCUUACGCGAGAGGACCUAGAGAAGUUCAAGGCCCUUCGCAUCAUCAUUCGCAUCGGCAGUGGCUAUGACAACAUUGACAUCAAAGCAGCCGGAGACCUAGGCAUUGCGGUGUGCAACAUUCCCUCGGCUGCGGUGGAGGAGACGGCCGAUUCCACGCUGUGCCACAUCCUGAAUCUGUACCGCAGGCACACCUGGCUGUACCAGGCGCUGCGCGAGGGCACCCGCGUCCAGAGCGUGGAGCAGAUCAGAGAGCUGGCGUCAGGGGCGGCACGCAUCCGUGGGGAGACACUCGGCCUCAUCGGCUUCGGCCGAUCUGGACAGGCAGUGGCAGUCCGCGCCAAAGGCUUUGGCUUCAAUGUGAUUUUCUACGACCCCUACCUCCAGGAUGGGCUGGAGCGAUCGCUAGGGGUCACGCGUGUGUACACACUCCAAGACCUGCUCUACCAGAGCGACUGUGUGUCCUUACACUGCAAUCUCAAUGAGCACAAUCACCACCUAAUCAAUGACUUCACCAUCAAACAGAUGCGUCAGGGAGCAUUCCUGGUGAACUCUGCACGGGGUGGCCUGGUGGAUGAGAAAGCUCUGGCUCAGGCUCUGAAGGAGGGCAGAAUACGGGGAGCAGCCCUGGACGUCCACGAGAGCGAGCCCUUCAGUUUCGCCCAGGGUCCCCUUAAAGACGCGCCCAAUCUGAUCUGCACUCCACACACAGCCUGGUACAGUGAGCAGGCCUCGCUGGAAAUGAGGGAAGCGGCCGCCACAGAGAUCCGCAGAGCCCUCCUCGGGCGGAUCCCAGACAGCCUCAGGAACUGCGUCAACAAGGAGUUCUUUGUGACAACGGCCCCAUGGGGGAUGAUGGAGCAACAGAUGCAACCUGAACUCAAUGGAGCUGCCUAUGGCCGUCAGGUACAGGCCAUUUCCCCAGGGGGUAUGCAGGAUAAAAUGUAUACGUAAAUCCAGGUAUCCUCACGGUGCGGUGGAUGUGCAUCCAGGUAGUGCUGGCAGAGAGCAGGGAGGGAGUGAGAUGCCGGGAGGGGGGCCCAUCUCCCACUCUAUGCCCGGGGGACCUCCACCUAGCCAGACCCACAAGCACACC